AGUUAGAAUUGAGACUCUAGUUCCUUUACAUUAUCGCCAACUAUUUUCGAUUUAAACAUGUGCCAUCUUUGAGUAAAUGAAGAUCGCCGAGUGACCAUGUACCAGUAUAGAGGAGGAUCGUCACGUUUUAAACUACUAAAAUGUCAUAUUCUCUCACUCUAUAGCCGCCAUAUUGAGGAAGCUAAAUGCAAGAGGGAGGAUGAACCAUUAGGUGAUGACAUCGUCGACUUUAGCUCGACUUUUGAACAGGAUGAGAGUCCAGAGUCCGUCAAACUGGACGAGUCCACAACUUUUGUGGGAGAAUUUGAUGACCUUGAGGAUCUUCUAAGUGAUCGUCUGCUUAGGGCUCUGAAAUCUGCGGGGUUCACCCAGACUACCUACAUCCAGAAUGCCUCGAUUCCAAAGAUACUUGGAGGCUCUCCUACGCUAAUUAGAAGCGCCACUGGCUCCGGAAAGACGCUGGCGUUUCUGAUACCAGCUAUACAGAGGCUAGUUGCACCGACAAACUCAGAGAAGAUCACCCGUAAGGAUGGCACCAAGGUUUUAAUCAUCGUACCUACUCGUGAACUUUCGUUACAAACUGCUACUGUAGCUGAGAAUGUCUCCAAGCCAUUUCCAUGGAUAGUCGUAUCGUCCAUUAUUGGAGGAGACAGUAGGAAAUCAGAAAAGGCAAGAAUUAGAAAGGGAAUUACUCUCCUUGUUGGAACUCCAGGUAGAAUUUUGGAUCAUUGCGAACAUACUGCUGCCUUUAACGUUUCCAGCCUUGAGUUGUUUGUCUUGGAUGAAGCGGAUAGGCUGCUAGAUAUGGGCUUUGAAUCAAAAAUUAAGAACAUUUUUGGCUUCCUCAGAGAAUCUAGAAGUCAAACAAGUAAACCGGUUCAAACAGUAUUAACAUCCGCAACAUUGACUGAUGGUGUAAUGAAGUUGGCAAACUUCUGCUUCAUUGGGAAACCAGUAAUGAUUGGAAUGCAGGAUGAAAUUAUGAAAUUACCGCCAAACCUUGUCCACGAGUAUGUCCUUACGGAUUGCAAAAACAAAUUUAUUUGUCUGGUUGCAUUGUUGCUCAAGUAUAUCGCCAACCAAGAAAAGGUGAUAAUUUUCGUCUCAAACUGCCCGUCUGUAAUAUACAUGAGCCAGCUUUUGAAGCAAAUUUCAUGGCCAACAAGGAAAGCUCAAGUAAAGCAACAACUGCCAAAGGGAGUGAGGGAACAUGAGGAUGAAAUUUACGAAUUUGACGAAGCAAAUGUACAAAAGGCUCCAACUCAUUCAAUCUUCAAUAUACCCAUUUACUCACUUCACGGAAACAUGGACCCAAAUGACAGGUAUAUCUUCUAUGCUCUUUUACGAUCCUUUAGGAAUGGUUACACGAGAGACUUUAUAAAGUCAAAGUGUGCCAUUUUGAUUUCUACGGAUGUUGCAUCAAGGGGUUUGAACUUAUCGGAGGUAGACCGCGUAAUUCAAUACGAUCCACCACAGCAGUUGGAGGAAUAUGUUCAUAGAUCCGGUAGGACAGCAAGAAUUGGGGGAAAUGGUAGUGCUCUUUUAAUUCUCAUGUAUCACGAAGCACAUUUUGUUGAUUCCCUCAGGAAGCUUGGUGUGUCUGUAAAGCAAAUUAUGGAAGGGUCUGUUUGGUCGUACAUUGAACAGACAUAUUGCCCAAAAUCUUUACGCAAUUUCAAGGGAGACUUUAUCGGAUUUAUGAGAAACAAGUUUGAAGAAAUGGUUCAAUCUGAUUCGGAUCUGAAACCAUGUGCAGAACGUGCCUUUAGAGCAUCUGUACAGUCCUACAAGACGUAUUCUAGAGAUUUGAGGAGGAUUUUUGAUUUCAAAAAAUUACACCUUGGACAUUAUGCCACGUCAUUUUGCAUAAGUUCGAAGCCUAGUGAGAUUAUAAAGCCAAAGCCACGGUCGAGUGUCAAAAGACCAGCCAAGGACAAACAAAAUAUCGCAAAUAAAAGUGCUCGCAUAUCUCUGACAUUUGAGUCAAACGCAGCAGCCCUACAGGCAGUUGAAUUCCUCAAGAAGAGGGACGUUGUAAUGUAG